AUGUUUUUGUAUAUGUUUUAUUAUUUUUUCUUAUUUCUUAUAUAUUUUGCGUUAGGAGUUCAUUACAAAAAUAGAUUGAGAAAACAUUUAUAUUUAAAAGAAAAUUUUGAAUUAUUAGGAAAAAAUGAAAGAAAGUUAAAAACCUACUUCAAAAAUAAAUUAAGAACAUACCUUUAUUUGAAAACUAAUUAUAAAUUAUCAAAAAAAAAAAACAAGUAUAAUUUAAAAUUAACAAAUACAUUUGUAUCAAAAUAUUAUAAAAUAAAUAUCAACGAUGUUUACAAUUAUUUAAUCAGAAAAAAAUAUGAGUACAUAGAAAGUGAUAUAAAAAUAACAUUAAAAUAUUGUCCUUUUUGUCCACCGCACAAAUAUAAAUAUGAUAAUAUGUAUAAACAUGAAAUUUUUAAAAAUACUGGUAAUAGUUAUUGUCAUAGAUGUGGAUAUAAAGGAAGUUUUUAUGAUUUUAAAUUAAAAAUGGGAGAUAUAAUAACAGAUAACUUUGAAAGCAGUAUUUCAAGAAAUACAUAUGAUGAAGAGAAAAUAACUUUUAAUGAUGUAAAAAUGUAUAAUAUAAAUUUAUUAUAUUCAAAAGAAGCAGAAAAUGCUAGAAAAUAUUUAAUUAAUGAAAGAAAAUUAAACUUAAAAACAAUAAAAAAAUAUUAUAUAGGUUAUACCGUUAUAGAGUUUCAAUCAUUCGAAAAUUCUGGUAAGUUUGAAAAGCAUGAAUGUUUAGUAUUUCCUUUUCUUAAAAAAAUUGAUGAUAAAAAUUCUAUGAUUAUAAAUUUAAAUAAAAAUGAUAUCAAUGAAAAGGAAUUGUAUGAAGUUGUUCGAAUAAAAGUCAGAAGUUUAAAAGAUAAAGGAUAUAUGAGAUUAUAUCCAAAAAAUGUAAGAGAAGAAAUGAAAUUAUUUUUUUUUGGAGAUCACUUAGUUAAUAACACAGAAGAAGUAGUUUUAACUGAAGGAGAAAUUGAUGCUAUGACAAUAAGUCAACAAACCAAUUAUUCCGCUAUUUCAUUACCUAAUGGAUCUAAAUCAUUACCAAUUUACUUAUUACCUUAUUUGGAAAAAUUUAAGAAAAUUCAUUUAUGGCUAGAUUUUGAUAAAGCAGGAAAAUCUAGUAUUUUUAAUUUUGUUAACAAAAUUGGAAUAGCUAGAACAAAUGUUAUAACUGAUACUAAUGUUCAAUAUUUAAAUCUAGAAGCAUUUAAAAAAAAAAUAAAUGAAUUGUCGAAAAAAAAUAUUCUACAUCAUUAUAAGGAAAAUUAUGCUUCUUUACAUCAAGAAGAAACAAAAAUACAAGAAACACAAAAUGAAAAUAAAAAUAAGAAUUUAGAUAAUUUAAAUGAUGAUAAAUCAGGAUCCAUUAAUUCAACAGAUGAUACAUUGAAUACAAAAAUUGUUAAUGAAAAUAAAUUGAACCAGAAUAAUUUAAGUGAAAGUAAGCUAAAAUCAAAGAAUCCCAUAAAAGAAGAUAAUAGUUUAGAAAAUGAGAAUCUGAAUAAGUUGUAUUUUAUAGAUAAUAAUAUAAUGUAUAUAGCAAAUUCAAUACAAAUUAAAGAUGCAAAUGAUUGUUUAAGGCAUAAUAUUGAUAUAGGUUUUUUCAUGCAGAAUAGUGAAAAAAUUAAACAUAGUCAAAUAUUAAAUUUUAAUGAUUUGAGACAAAAUAUAUUAGAAGAAUUAAAAUACCCUGAUAGAAUAAAUGGUGUUAAAAGUAAAACCAUUCCAUCAUUAAACAAAUAUUUGUAUGGAUUAAGAAUGGGAGAAUUAUCUAUAUGGACAGGAUCAACAGGUGUAGGAAAAACUACACUUCUUUCACAACUUUCUUUAGAUUAUUGUAUUCAAGGAGUGUCAACUUUAUGGGGCUCAUUUGAAAUAAAUAAUAUAAAAUUAGGAAAAGUAAUGUUAAAUCAAUUUUGUGGUAAAAAUUUAGAAAAAAAUAUAGAUUUAUUUGAUUUAUAUGCAGAUAAAUUUGAGUUAUUAUCUUUGAAAUUUUUAAAAUUUCAUGGAAGCACACAUCUUGAUCAAGUAUUAGAUGCAAUGGAUUAUGCCGUUUAUGCUUAUGAUGUUAAGCAUAUAAUCAUUGAUAAUUUACAAUUUAUGUUAAACAUAAAUAAAUUUUCUGAUAUAUAUGAACUCCAAAAUAUUGCAAUUGAUAAAUUUAGAUCAUUCAGUACUAACAAAAAUGUUCAUAUAACCUUAGUAGUUCAUCCUAGAAAAGAAGACGCAAAUUUAUUAUCCAUUUCUUCCGUUUUUGGUAGUGUAAAAUCUACACAAGAGGCAGAUAAUGUUUUCAUUAUACAGAAACACAUUAAUAAAAGCAAUGAAACUAUUUUUUAUAUAGAUAUAAAAAAAAAUAGAUUUAAAGGAAGUCUAGGAAAAAUUCCAUAUAUAUAUAAUAAAGAAAAUAUGACAAUAAAAGAAAUUCCCAUAAAUUAUUUAAAUGAAAAUUUUUCAACAAAUAAUUAUAUACAUAAUGAUAUUGCAUCUAAUAAAUUUAUAUCUAAUAAUAACAUAACCAAUGACAACAUAAAUUUUACCUUGUGUGAUGAAUACGAUUAUAUGAAACAAUUAGCAGAUGAAUAUGAAUCAAAACAUUCUAUAAGAAAAAAUUUUAAGAAUAAAAUUGUAGAUAAUUCAAAUAAUAUCAUUACGAAAACGAAUAACAAUAAUAUAAUUGAUAAAAAUCAAAUAAAUAAAAAUAAUGAACAUAAUUUAAAAAAAUUUUUAAACAACCAAAAUGUGGAUAAAAAUAAUGAUAGUUAUGAUUCUACAAUAAAUGAUCAAAUUAGUGCAAUGAAUAUGAAAAAUGGAGAUAACUCUUCUGAUAUAAAUGGUAUUAUAUCAAAAAAAAAAGAAGAAAAUAUUGAUAAUAAAAAUGAUAGCGGUAUAAAUAAUGUAAUGAAAAAGAUUGAUUUAAUUAUAAAAAAAGAUGAAAGAAACAUCAUUAAAAAUAGCAAUUAUACAGAUAAUAUCAAUUUAUUAGAAGCACAAAUUUCUAAAAAAAAUACAAAAGUAUACGAAAAUUCUCCCAAAGAAAAUGUAACAUAUGACUUGAGUAAUGAGAUGCUUUUAAAAUUAUGUGGGGAAUUAAAAGAUAAUAAAAAUGAAAUACUAAAUGGAAAAGUAAUAAUAGUGUCAUUAAGAAAUUGUGUAAUUGAUAAUCACUCUUCAAUAAAUGAUAUUAGAAACUUUAUUAAAACAAAUAAAUUAAAUAUUAAAACAGCCGGAAAAAAUAUAAAAAAAAUAGAUAUAUUUAUUAAUAUUUUGCAAAAUAUUCCGAGAGAGUAUAUUGUAAUUAAAAACGAAGAAAAUAUAAAUAAAAAAAAAAAAAAAAAUAAAGUAAUAAACGGUAUUGACAAAAAUUACAAUAAUGAAAUAGCAUUUAAUGAUGACAAUAAGGAAAAAACUAAUAUAUAUAAUGAACAAAAUUCGUUUAAUAAAAAUAGUAAGGAAAAUUACAGUAGUAAUAAAGAAUCAUCAAAAGAAGAAAUAAUAAAUAAUUAUAAUAGCAUGCAUACUUUUGACUCAAUUGCUAAUAAAGAGAAUUUUUCCGAUGUUGCAGAAAAGAACAUUAACAAUACUAAUGAAAAAUAUAAAGUAGAAGUAGAAACUAACUAUAAUGAUGAAAUAACAAAAAAAUAUAUAGAUGAUAAUAUAAUAAAUAUAGAUGAUAAUAUCAUAAAAAAAGGUUAUAAUUUUGAGUUUGAUAAUGGUAAUGAAAUAAUUAAAGAAACAUUAUAUUAUUAUGAACCAAAAAAAAAAUUUGAUGAUGAUAUAGAAUCAAGAUUCUUUCUUAUAAAUGACAAAAAUUAUAAUGAAAAAAUAAAUUACAUAUAUAAGAACAUAAAAUACUGUGGUUUGGAUAUUGAAACCACUGGUCUAGAAGUUUUUGAUGAGAAAAUUAGAUUAAUUCAAAUAUCAGUUGAAAAUUAUCCAGUACUAAUUUAUGACAUGUUUGAUAUAAAUAAUCAGAAUAUUUUUAAAGGAUUAAAAGAGAUUUUAGAAAAUAAAAAUAUUGUAAAAAUAAUACAGAAUGGAAAAUUUGAUAGUAAAUUUUUGCUACAUAAUAAUUUUAAAAUUGAAAAUAUUUUUGAUACCUAUAUAGCAAGUAAAUUAUUGGAUAAAAAUAAAAAUACGUAUGGAUUUAAAUUAAAUAAUAUCGUUGAAAAAUAUUUAAAUGUAUCUCUAGAUAAACAACAACAAAAUAGUGUAUGGAAUCAUUCUCUUUUAAAUAAUAAUCAAUUAUUUUAUGCUGCUCGUGAUUCUAGCUGUUUACUGAAGUUAUAUAAAAAAUUAAAAAGAGAAAUAAAAAGAGAAAAUUUAGAUAUUGUUAAUGAUAUAGAAAAUAAAUGCAUUUUGCCAAUAUGCGAUAUGGAAUUAAAUGGGAUAAUGGUUGAUUUAGAAAAAUUGAAUAAAAGUACUAAUGAAAUUUUAAAUGAAUUAAACAUAGAAAAAAAUAAUUUAAAAGAAAAACUCAAAGAUGAAGAUAUAAAUGUAAAUUCUCAACAACAAGUACUAAAAGCCUUACAAAAAAAUAAUGUGAGAGAUUAUUCAAAUAAUUUAAUUGAAAAUACAUCUGAUAGUAAUUUAAAAAAUUUCAUGAAUCAUGAGGAAGUUGCUAUUUUGAGAAAUUACAGAAGAUUAUAUAAAUUAUAUUCAGCAUUUUAUUUAAAACUACCAUUGCACAUUAAUAAAAAUACAAAAAAAAUACAUACUACUUUUAAUCAAUUAAAAACUUUUUCAGGUAGGUUUAGUAGUGAAAAACCUAAUCUACAACAAAUUCCAAGACAAAAAAAUAUUAGAGAAAUUUUUAUUCCUAAUGAAAACAAUAUAUUUAUAAUAGCUGAUUUUAAACAAAUUGAGUUAAAAAUAGCAGCUGAAAUUACAAAUGAUGAAGUUAUGAUUAAAGCUUAUAAUAAUAACAUAGACUUACAUACAUUAACAGCUAGCAUUAUAACAAAAAAAAGUAUAAAUGAUGUAAAUAAGGAAGAUAGACAUAUAGCUAAAGCAAUAAAUUUUGGACUUUUAUAUGGUAUGAAUUAUGUAAAUUUAAAAAAUUAUGCAAAUACUUAUUAUAACUUAAAUAUGAAUUUAGAUCAAUGUUUAUAUUUUUAUAAUUCCUUUUUUGAUCAUUAUAAAGGAAUAUAUAGAUGGCAUAAUCAAAUAAAACAAAAAAAAUCUCUAGAAUAUUCUACCUUAUCUAACAGAAAAGUUAUAUUCCCUUAUUUUUCUUUUACAAAAGCUUUAAAUUAUCCUGUACAAGGAACAUGUGCAGAUAUAUUAAAAUUAUCUUUAGUAGAAUUAUAUAAAAAUUUAAAAAAAAUUAAUGGAAAAAUUGUUCUGUGUGUUCAUGAUGAAAUUAUAAUUGAAGCUGAAAAAAAACAUCAAGAAGAAGCCUUAAAAAUUUUAGUUGAAUCUAUGGAAAAUUCAGCUUCUUUUUUUUUAAAAAAAGUUAAAUGUGAAGUUUCCGUUCAGAUAGCAGAAAAUUGGGGAUCAAAAAACUAA